AUGGCGGAUGACACGACGGAAAAGUCGCCUCCCGGCUCAAAGCCGUCCUCGCCCCCGCGAAACUCAAAGUCCCUCCCAAGCUCAAAACCGUCUAGCCCGCCCGCCGCAAUCGACCCGGCAGACCUGAGCCCUACUGGAAUCCUGCCGGCCGGGCAUUGGACGCAGCAACCGGUUGAAGAUGAUGGCGAGUCGCUCCUCGGGGAGUCUGUCAAUACGUCGACUGCCUCCCUCUCGUCGAGCAUUCUGAGCUAUCGUACUCUCCACGGGCGGCGGUACCACAGCGAGGUCGGAAAUGUCUCAUACUGGGGUUCGAAUGACGAGCAGCAGAAUGAGUCUAUGGAUAUCAAUCACUAUGCGCUAACGCUCGGUAUCGGCGAUAAACUAUUCCUGGCGCCUCUUGACAAGAAUAAGGUUCAGGUACAUGCCCUCGAUAUUGGAACAGGAACCGGUAUUUGGGCAAUCGACUUUGCGGAUGAAUUUCCGGAGGCAGAGGUAGUCGGAACUGACGUCUCCCCUAUUCAACCGAGAUGGGUCCCGCCAAAUCUCAAGUUCGAAAUCGAGGACUGUACGCGCGAUUGGACAUUCAGCCCCGACUCCUUUGACUAUGUACACCUCCGCUGGCUUACAGGAAGCAUACCCGAUUGGCACACUCUCUUCGCAGAAGCCUUUAAUGUGACCAAACCUGGAGGCUGGGUUGAAAGCCACGAGCCAUCGUCUAUUGUCAGGAGCGACCACGCAACGAUUAGGGAUGAAUCUGCACUAGGCCAAUGGCCAAAGAUUUUCCACGAGGGGGGAAAAAUUAUUGGGCGUACUUUUAAGGCUGUGGAGGAUGAUUUACAGAGAAAGGCAAUGGAAGCUGCUGGAUUUGUUGAUAUCCAGGAGUACACCUAUAAGAACCCGAUGGGGGAUUGGCCGAAAGACCCGGUAUUAAAGGAGAUAGGCAACGUGACUAUGGCAGCUCUGGGGGGAGACAUCGAGGGCUACGUCCUUUUCAUGGCGAGCACUCUUGGCUGGACAAGGGAGGAGAUCCAGGUCUACAUUGCCCACGUUCGGCGAGAGUUGCAGUCGCGCAAGUAUUACCCGUACUACUGGCAAAAGGUUGUAUGGGGUCGGAAGCCCGAGUGA